UAUAAAUGGAAAAUAAAGCAAAGGCUUCAACUAUCAGUAUUUUUAGUGUAACAGGUGAAUCUUUAAAACCUUCUAAAGCAAAGAACCCAAUUCAGAUCCCUUCAGGGGUGAUCAUGAAGAAGAAAGUUACUCCUAGAACAAGUCCUCAGAGGGGUGCUCCAAAACACCUCAAGAAGCCACAUAUAAAAAUGACUAAAAGGAGUAAGUCGCCUGUUCAGGAUUUUAAGAAUUAAGAGUAAUACCCAGAAAACGAACAAGGUGCAUCAUAGCGACAAGAAUUUAGCUAAAGAUUUGAUUAAGGAAAAGGCAAUUAAGAUGACUAGGUCCCAAUCCAAGCAUAUUCUGCCAAUAACUUUGCCAAGAGUCUCUCCAGCUGAGUCACCUAGACCUUCUCCAAAUGCAAGGAAACAUCUUUCUACAGGAAAUAUUGUCCAUAACCUUCAUAUUGAGAGCAUGAAUAAGGUCAGGAAGAAAUUUUUCAAGAAAAGAGGAUAUGCCAAGAGUGGAUCAAUGAUGAAACAAAGGAAUAAGAAACUGAAAUAAUUCUGAGAGUAGAGAAAUAUUCACAGCUGUGCAGAAGGUAUCCAAUCUUCAUGACGGAUUCAACAGUAAAGUCAGGUUAAAUAGUCUAGCCAUGACUCCUAUUCACCGAAAAGAGUGUGAGGACAAUAAGGAUACAUUCUACAAGACUACAAGAGCUGCAAGGUUUGGUUUUGGCAAACGAUUUGCUCACCCACAAUAUGAUGAAUUCAAACAGACCUUAAUAAUGACGGAGAAGAGGAUAGGCCAUUCAAGGGAAUCUUCUAAGCUGUAUGACCAUAAGUUCUUAGCCUCUAUAAAGUCAGCCUCACAGCUAGAUGACCUGUUAGAUCCGAGCAAGAAGGUGUUUGAAAGAGAUAAGAAAAAUGAAGAAGAUUUUACAGACUUGUUCAAAGAUAAAGAUUUUGAUCUGAAUGAUAAAGACCUAGAGGAAACUCUCUUAAAUGAUCCUGAAUCCCAAACUAUAGAGAGUAUCAGAAAGUAUAUGACCAUAAUGCUUGGAAGGCAUCUUAAGUUUAACAAUAUUGAAGAACAGGAGAUCCUUAAACGCAAAGUUGAGGAUCUAGAUCUCAACAGCAUCAAUGAACAUUUUGUGUCUAAGAAAGUGAUUCUUAGCAAAGCAUUUGACACAUAUAUCAAGUUCAAGUCUAAUUUCAACCACUACGAGGCUGAUUUUAUCAAAAAUGCUUAUACAGAGCUGAAAGGAAUCCUGGAAUUCUUUAUCGACAUCACAUUAAAACUUCGGAAAACAAACGAAGGAGAAUAUAACAAAAACCAAGACCUAAUCAGACAGAACAAUAACUUCCUUGACGCAGUGAACGCUGUCAAACAAAUGAACAGGACUCAGAAUCUUGACUACUACUUAUUCGGUAUAAAAAGACUGACUGAGCAGAAGUAUUUCAGUAUAAUGCACACAGCUAAACAGUCUCUCAAAGUAGCGAAUCAUGAAUUAGCAUAUCGGCAGAUAAAGUUCCUUGAUGAGUUCUUUGAGUACCUGAUUACUCAGCAAAAACAAUCAGAGUCAGAUUCAAAAUAAGAUACAAGAAAUGGAGGAUGAGAUUGCUUCUUUGAAGAGAACGCUUAAAGAAACAGAGAAGACCAAACUUGAGGAGAUUCAAGGCAUGCUCAAGUUCUCAGAUGAACAAAAACGUAAAAUAGAUGGCCUCAAUGCACACAAAACCAACCACUUGGAAGAACUUUUUGAGAACAGAAAGAAGGAGUUUGAACAGCAGAAAAAGAACUCUAUUAAAGAAAGGAAUCGAAUGAUUAAGAAAUUAGUUAAGAUUAAAAAUGUCGUGGCCGCUCUUAAGGAAGAGAAUGAAAAUUUAAAGAAACAGUUUAUUCAGCAUAGAGACGAAAUAGAAGAUUUUAUCAAGGAAAAACAAAUCAGUAUUGCUGAUAGAAUUAGAAAGGAUAAAAAGAUGAGUAUGUCCAGACCUAGGGAGCCUCAUUUUAACCUGAAGACUAUCUUUUCAAAAUAUAUUGAGAACCUGAAGAGUGAUCCCUUUGAAUCAGUACAGCUCAAAGGAGAAGUACAGAGUGAAAGAUGGGCAUUAUCAAUCAUUAACCUUAUUUAUCUUGACAAGACCAAGAAGGACACAGAGGACUUUAUGGUAGACGGCCGACCUCUGAUUACACUCCAACAAUACAUAAUCCAAUGGUUUUGAGUCGUAUUUGGAAAUAGAGAGAUCGUGAAUGAACUCAUUCACGAUUUUAUCAGAACAUGUAUUGAAUUUGAGCCAGAAUAUCAGAGAUUUGGAACAUUCCUAAACCUAGCAGGGGUGCAUAUCCAUGGAGGAGAAAUUGACCAGAUUCCAGCUUCAAAGAAAGAAAAAUUAAGAAGGAUUCAGUUCCAGUCUUCAGACACUUUAUUAAUGUUUCUAAGGUUCCUCAUGUGCAUUAGGCUUAAUUGAUCUCCAUAUUUACCUGACCUUGAAAAGGAAAAUAGAGAAGAAAAAGGGGCUGUAGUCAGUUAUGCAGAAGCUAAACAUGUAUGGCUUGCCUUAGUCAACGAAACUUCUUCAGAACAUGGAGUAACCGAUAGCGAUUUUAAAGAACUUGACACCAUCUGUGCUGACUUUCUAGAAGAUUCUAGCGGCAAGAAAAAUAUGUUCAAGAUUCCUGGAAUCGUUCUCUCCAAAACAGCACUGAAGGAGUCCCGCAAGGAAUCAGAAAGUGAUGUGAGAAAAUCAAAGAAAAGUUAUAGUGUUAAAUCUUUUGAAGAUAAAAAUAUCAACUUAGACACCUUCAUGAGAAUAUGCAUCAACCAAUAUGUUGAGAAUAGGAUUCUUCAGAUGGAGAGACUCCUGAGUUGUCUACAGCUUGAUCAAACAAAGAACUCGACAGAAGUAAAUUUCAAAAAUUUGAAGAAUGCCAUAAAGAGUACAUGGAAUGAAAAAGCUAAAAAGACGAGCGAUCAUCUGCUGUUCAGCUCUAAUAAGAUUGAGAUGGCCUACACACAUAUCUUAAAAGAAAUGCGCUCAGCCACUUUUGAUGAAGAAGAUGUCAUUAUCAAGCUAGCCCCAUUUUUAAAUUGCUCAUUUGAAACAAGAGCAUUCUCACAGAGAUAUAAGAGCAAAGCUCAAGUCAAGGAAUUACUAGAGAAGGAAAUUAUAGAUGUGAGUCCACCAGAAAAGGAAGAAAGCAAGAAUUUAGCACCAGCGGUGUCAAAGUUAAGUGGGCUUUCAGGGCUUGUUGGCAAGAAUAAUCCUAAAGAGGUGUCAACUAAAGCAGGGGUAAACAUACCUAAAUCAAUUAUCCCCACUCUGAAGGAGUUCAAAGAUAGUACCUCAAGUGAGAUCCUGUAUGAAGAAAUCACCAAGACUUAUAAGAACAAGGUUGGACCAGCCCCAUUGAUCUUCUUUAUGAUGGAGUCUACAGAAGCUUUAAAAUAAUGCCUUAUGAAUUUGAUAGA